AAUGCCACGUUGGAGUUCAGCCACGCGAACGACGAGCGGCUUUCAUGGACCGCUUGCCGUCCGUUGAGUGCGCCAUCCCAUGAGCAACGUCUUCAACCCAUGCCCCUGUGCCCUUCCCGAUGGAGGCUAAGUAGGUUGGCGGCGGGAUGGUUGGAAUGCCAUGGCCAGGAGGUCUGGAAGCCAUGCGGCUGCCGCGAAAGGGAUGCGGUGACGAGAUGUAGUGCAUUACCGCUCGGCUCAGGAAUUCAGAGGAGCCCCUGGCAGGCCAGUCAACGGAUGCGUGGCAGGGGGCCGACAUGGGAACUCGCACACGUCUUAGUCCAACGACAAGCUCUGUCUGUGCAUCUCAACCAACAGGAAUGGAACUCCUUCUCCCCCAAAGAUGGCCUGCAGGACAUUAAAUGCAAGUCAAACAAGUCCGUGACCCGGAGCGCGCCUCUCUACUGCCGUAUAUUGAAGCUGUGUACUUCCAGAGACGCAGACGCAGACACGGACGCAGUAGGCAAUCCAAAUCUCGAGGCUCACGUGGUCGGAAGAGGGUAUCGGAUCGGACGUAUAAGGGGCGGAUUCUUUCGACGGAGGCGGGCAACAAUAUUGGCCAGAUCGGCCGACCAAUCCGGGCAGCGACGACACGGCUGCAGGGACAAGCCAGCGCCCACGGCGACUGAGAAGGGGGGUAUUAGUCAGGCCAGCCCACAGCUUUUCAAUAUGAUGCUUCUUGCCGUAUGGAAGGCCAGGCCGGCGAAGAGACAAGGUACGUCGCGUUACCCGAGAACAGUGUGCCAGGAUUUGCUGGUAUACUUGACUGGCGAUGGCGAGAUUUGGUCCGAUUCUCAGGCCCUGUUUGGAGACGGUGUAGUGAGCCGAUGGAGACUCGAGCAGGAGCUUCAGACACACGAACCCCUUGGUGAGGGAAGCUGA